AUGUCUCUUAAGAACGACUUCCCUUCCCAGCUCAACACCGAGCAGCAGGUUCCCGGCACCGACCUCGGCGCGCAGAAGCCCUGGCAAGCUGCGAACCCUCAGGGCCUUGAGCCCGUAUCCCAAACCAUCCGCGACUCCGACGCGACAGAACCCCGCGCCAGCGCGAGCGACACGCUUGGCGGCGCCACGUCUGGGGACGUGCACACUGGCAUCGGCAAGCCCCUGGGUGGCGAGACGAGCUCGGAGUUGCACCACAACGGCCAGCACCACCGCAAGAAGCAGGGCGGCGGUGUCGAGCAGUUUGGCGUGCAGGCUGGCGCGCAGGGCAACAUCAACCGGAAGGACGAGUUCCAGGAUAUCAAGGAGUUGAAUAACUAA